UAAUAAUCAUCACUAACUCGUGGAGUUUUCAAACCAAAGACAAAAAAAUCACUAAAUCAUAAGUCAAUAAGUCAUAACCUUUAAACCCAUUCUUCUUCUUUUUAUUGGUCUUCUGAUUUUGUUUUCAAAGACAACAUUUUUUGUUUAUUUAAAAAAGUCAGAUUUUUUCAUUGUGGAUGCUUACAUGGGGAUGCUACAUAGAUGAAGAAACAAUGGCUGCCGGAGAAAACAGAACGGUGCCGGAAAAUCUAAAGAAACAGCUUGCAGUUUCAGUUCGAAACAUUCAAUGGAGUUACGGAAUCUUCUGGUCUGUCUCUGCUUCUCAACCAGGAGUGUUGGAGUGGGGAGAUGGAUAUUACAAUGGAGACAUUAAGACAAGGAAGACGAUUCAAGCUGCUGAAGUCAAAGCCGACAAGUUAGGUCUUGAGAGAAGCGAACAGCUUAGAGAGCUUUACGAGUCUCUCUCCGUUGCUGAAUCCUCAGCCUCUGGUGGCUCUCAGGUCACUAGACGAGCUUCCGCCGCCGCUCUCUCCCCUGAGGAUCUCACCGACACCGAGUGGUACUACUUAGUCUGCAUGUCUUUCGUCUUCAACAUCGGUGAAGGAAUACCCGGAGGAGCAUUAUCGAACGGGGAACCAAUAUGGCUUUGUAACGCUCAUACCGCCGAUAACAAAGUCUUCACUCGCUCUCUUCUCGCUAAAAGUGCUUCGCUUCAAACAGUGGUUUGCUUCCCGUUUCUUGGAGGAGUCCUUGAGAUCGGCACAACCGAACAUAUUACAGAGGACUUAAACGUGAUACAAUGCGUGAAGACCCUGUUCCUUGAAGCUCCUCCUUUUGCUACAAUAUCAACGAGAUCCGAUUUUCAAGAAAUUUUCGAUCCUUUAUGCGACGAUAAAUACAUUCCGGUGUUCGGAAAUGAAACUUUUCCUACGACUUCUACGAGUGGUUUUGAGCAAGAACCAGAGGAUCAUGACUCGUUCAUCAAUGGUGGUGGUGCGUCUCAGGUACAAAGCUGGCAGUUUGUGGGGGAAGAACUCAGUAACUGCGUUCACCAAUCGCUUAAUUCUAGCGAUUGCGUUUCUCAAACAUUUGUUGGGACAACAAGAAGAGUUGCUUGUGAUCCAAGAAAGAGUAAGGUUCAACGGUUAGGUCAAAUUCAAGAACAGAGUAACCACGUAAAUAUGGACGAUGAUGUUCAUUACCAAAGCGUGAUCUCUACCAUUUUCAAAACGACGCAUCAGCUAAUUCUUGGACCGCAGUUUCAGAACUUUGAUAAGCGGUCAAGCUUCACGCGGUGGAAGCGGUCAUCAUCUGCAGAAACGUUGGGAGAGAAAUCGCAGAAGAUGUUAAAGAAGAUUAUAUUCGAGGUUCCUCUGAUGAAUCAAAAGGCUUUGUUGUUACCAGACACACCCGAAGAUAGCGAGUUUAAGGUCGGAGAUGAAACCGCGAACCAUGCAUUCUCGGAGAGGAAACGCCGAGAGAAAUUGAAUGAUCGGUUUAUGACGUUGAGAUCAAUCAUUCCUUCGAUCAGUAAGAUUGAUAAAGUCUCAAUUCUUGAUGAUACGAUUGAGUAUCUUCAAGAACUUCAAAGACGGGUUCAAGAAUUGGAAUCUUGCAGAGAAUCUACCAAUACAGAAAUUCGAAUUGCUAUGAAGAGGAAGAAACCGGAGGAUGAAGAUGAAAGAGCCUCGGCGAAUUGUAUGAACAGCAAGAGGAAGGAGAGUGAUGUGAAUGUAGGAGAAGAUGAACCGGCUGAUACCGGUUAUGCUGGUCUAACCGAUAACUUAAGAAUCGGUUCGUUCGGUAAUGAGGUGGUUAUUGAGCUUAGAUGUGCUUGGAGAGAAGGGAUAUUGCUUGAGAUUAUGGAUGUGAUUAGUGAUCUCAACUUGGAUUCUCACUCGGUGCAGUCAUCAACCGGAGAUGGUUUACUCUGCUUAACCGUUAAUUGCAAGCAUAAAGGGACAAAGAUAGCUACAACAGGAAUGAUCCAAGAAGCACUUCAAAGGGUUGCAUGGAUAUGUUAAGGUCUCACGGUUUAGAUUGAUAGAAUUAGCUUUUUAUCCGGUUUGGUGUUCUGAUCUUCGGCAAUUAGUGAUCCUAACCUCAUUUUUGUGAUUUUAAAAUUUUGGAAGGUCCUUUGGAACUAUUAUGAGAUUGAAUUCCUUUUAGUUCAUAAAAC